AUGGCCACGGGGACAGAGCGAGUGUCCAAGGGGACAGAGCAAGUGUCCAAGGGGACAGAGCAAGUGUCCAAGGGGACAGAGCAAGUGUCCAAGGGGACACAGCAAGUGUCCAAGGGGACAGAGCAAGUGUCCAAGGGAACAGAGCAAGUGUCCAAGGGGACACAGCAAGUGUCCAAGGGGACAGAGCAAGUGUCCAAGGGGACAGAGCAAGUGUCCAAGGGGACAGAGCAAGUGUCCAAGGGGACAGAGCAAGUGUCCAAGGGGACAGAGCAAGUGUCCAAGGGGACAGAGCAAGUGUCCAAGGAGACAGAGCAAGUGUCCAAGGGGACAGAGCAAGUGUCCAAGGGGACACAGCAAGUGUCCAAGGGGACACAGCAAGUGUCCAAGGGGACAGAGCAAGUGUCCAAAGGGACAGAGCAAGUGUCCAAGGGGACAGAGCAAGUGUCCAAGGGGACACAGCAAGUGUCCAAGGGGACAGAGCAAGUGUCCAAGGGGACAGAGCAAGUGUCCAAGGGGACAGAGCAAGUGUCCAAGGGGACACAGCAAGUGUCCAAGGGAACAGAGCAAGUGUCCAAGGGGACACAGCAAGUGUCCAAGGGGACACAGCAAGUGUCCAAGGGGACACAGCAAGUGUCCAAGGACAGAGCAAAGCAAGUGUCCAAAGGGACAGAGCAAGUGUCCAAGGGGACACAGCAAGUGUCCAAGGGGACACAGCAAGUGUCCAAGGGGACAGAGCAAGUGUCCAAGGGGACAGAGCAAGUGUCCAAGGGGACAGAGCAAGUGUCCAAGGGGACAGAGCAAGUGUCCAAGGGGACACAGCAAGUGUCCAAGGGGACAGAGCAAGUGUCCAAAGGGACAGAGCAAGUGUCCAAGGGGACACAGCAAGUGUCCAAGGGGACACAGCAAGUGUCCAAGGGGACAGAGCAAGUGUCCAAGGGGACAGAGCAAGUGUCCAAGGGGACACAGCAAGUGUCCAAGGGGACAGAGCAAGUGUCCAAGGGGACACAGCAAGUGUCCAAGGGGACAGAGCAAGUGUCCAAGGGGACAGAGCAAGUGUCCAAGGGGACAGAACAAGUGUCCAAGGGGACACAGCACGUGUCCAAGGGGACAGAGCAAGUGUCCAAGGGGACAGAGCAAGUGUCCAAGGGGACAGAGCAAGUGUCCAAGGGGACAGAGCAAGUGUCCAAGGGGACAGAGCAAGUGUCCAAGGGGACAGAGCAAGUGUCCAAGGGGACAGAGCAAGUGUCCAAGGGGACAGAGCAAGUGUCCAAGGGGACAGAGCAAGUGUCCAAGGGGACAGAGCAAGUGUCCAAGGGGACAGAGCAAGUGUCCAAGGGGACACAGCAAGUGUCCAAGGGGACAGAGCAAGAGAAAAAAGAGCGAGGUGUAUGUAAAGAUUAA